GCGGCGGAGGAGGCGGAGGCAGCGGCGCGGCGCGGUUCGCGUCGGACUGGGUGACGUGCCGCCCCUCUCGUGGCAUCGACCAACGAAGUGAUGCAUGCGCACUCAGCAUCCGUGACCUAGGUGACGGCGUACCUCUCGUUUUGGUCGAAGGGAUGGGAGGCGCAGCUGGAGAGGAACGGGAUCGGCUUCGCAAAGGACCAGGGCCCGCUCGGCGCCAUCGCGGCGACGCAGUGCCUCAGCAAGGAGAAGACGCGUGCCAAGGCGCGAGCCGGCGGCGUGCCCGCCGAGUUUGAAGACUACUCCUCGCGCAAGGACGCGUUCGGGCGGUGGAAGAUGGCGCGGAGCGUCGGCGUCGGCACGCUCAACUACAACUGGUCGGUGGCGCCGCUGCAACCGGGGCUGAACCGCCGGCUCGAGCGUUUCUUCUUCGGCAAGCUCGUGCAGCCGACGGCGGUGGCGAAGGCGUUGGGCGGCGUGCCGCAGGUCGGCUACACGCACAUCGUCCACCACCACCACGCGUACGACGACUUCGGCGGCCUCGCGGCGCUGCACCGCGCGUGCGCCCGCGCAAACGAGCCCGGGGUGAGCAUCAUGUGAGCGAGAAGCCGGUCCGGGAGGCGGCCUCUGACUGUUCGCGCGGCGUCUGUCAGAGCUGUCGGAUGCUUGCGGGCUCGCGUCUGGGGAAGCGGGCGGGGAGGUGGAAGGGAGCAGGUGUUCUUGGGUGAGCGAGUGAAGGGCAAGGGGUGGGGCGUACACGCACGCCGGGACACCAUCGCAUGAGAGCAAAAUAAACCUUCUGGAGAGCUU